CACCGCGACACACACAACAGUUCAUGUGGCGCAUUGAGCUGCUGUCUGUGACUGGAUCUUAAGCUACUGCAGCAUGACGAAACCCUGUGGGUUCGAGUUCUGGAGGAGCACUCUGAAGGGUGCGCGGUACGUGGUCGCGCCCAUGGUGGACCAGAGCGAGCUCGCGUGGAGGCUGCUGAGCCGCAGACAUGGUGCAGAGCUCUGCUACACGCCCAUGCUGCACGCCCAGGUGUUCGUCAGGGAUGCCAACUACCGUCGGGAGAACCUGUAUAACGAGCUCAACCAGGAUGACCGACCCCUCAUCACACAGUUCUGUGCCAAUGAUCCUGAGGUGUUUAUCCAGGCUGCUCUACUUGCCCAGGAUUACUGCGAUGCCAUCGAUCUGAAUUUGGGCUGCCCACAGAUGAUUGCAAAAAGAGGCCAUUAUGGUGUGUUUCUUCAAGACGAGUGGGACCUUCUUGAGAAAAUGAUUAAACUGGCUGAUGAAAAACUUUCCGUGCCCAUUACUUGCAAAAUCCGGGUCUUCCCAGAGAUUGAGAAAACUGUGAAGUAUGCCAAAAUGCUGGAAAAGGCAGGAUGCCAGCUCCUCACAGUUCAUGGGAGAACUAAAGAUCAAAAGGGGGCUUUGACGGGCAUUGCAAGUUGGAAGCACAUAAAAGCUGUACGAGAGGCUGUAAACAUUCCCGUUUUUGCCAAUGGAAACAUCCAGCACCUGAGUGAUGUUCAGCGCUGCAUGGAGGAGACUGGAGUACAAGGUGUCAUGAGUGCAGACAUUACUUUCACAGAAGGGAAUCUCCACAAUCCUGCCCUGUUUGAAGGCUGUAGUCCACCUGUGUGGGAGAUGGCUGAGGAGUACCUGGAGGUUGUGGAGAAACACCCACCCUGUAGUCUGUCUUAUGUCCGUGCUCACAUCUUUAAACUUUGGCACCACACCUUACAGAUACAUCAAGACCUGAGGGAGGAGCUGGCCAAAGCGAAAAACGUAGCUGGGGUUGCAGAGGUCAACAGACAGCUGAAACAACGUUGCCAGAAGGAGAUGGCUAAAGAUGAAUCAGAAUGGACUCAGACUCUACUUCCCUUUCCUCACUGGAUAUGCCAGCCCUACGUCAGACCACCGCCCAAGGAUCCAAACACUGAAAAUGGGCAGAAAGCACUGGAAACAAAAGCUGUGAGUGUAAAGAGGGCACUGGAGGACGGUGACGGAUCCAACGACUCCCUGUCCAAGAACAAGCAGAAGAAGAAAGUCCGUAACCCCAACAAAAACUUCUGUCCAGAGCUGAAACCUAAAUAUAUUAAGUGUGAGCAGUGUGGAAACCCUAAAGGGAACAAGUGUGUGUUCAACUUGUGCCGUGGCUGCUGCAAGAGGAAGGCUUUCAAGGAAGUGGCUGAUUGUCCUGGCCAUGGAUUGAGAUUCAAAACCAAGGCUUUGAAACAGUGUAACUCUGAUACGGGUGGUGGGCUGACUAAUGGGACAGUUUCCACUGCAGUCCAUGAUCCAUUGUAAAGCAGAUGUGUGCUGGAUAUGGGCAACCGUGACAUCUGAAGACACAUUGAACUGAUUUAUCACUUCACAUUGCUGCACUGAAUUGGAAGUACAAGACUGCAUUUGUAGCCAAAAUUGGUUUGUCACUGUUGAUAUGUGAUUUGGAUCCAUAUCACACCAAAUGAACUAAACAUGCAAAGAAACAGGCAUAGAAAAGAUCAGUGCUACUGUUACUUAGGCUAGUCCGUCUGUAGAGUCAUUGUUUUCUGUAACGAAGAACCACUUUCUGGACUGCUGUUGGGUGAAUAGUUCCAUGUUCUUUAUAUUUUAAGAUUGCUUAUUAGAAUAGUAUAUUUUGAUAAUUACUGGGAAAGUGGUAUAUGAAGCAACCACUCUUACUGCACAAACCUGUGCUGCUCCCUGCUCUCCUUAGAGGAGCUGGACGUUUAACUUGGGACGCUCUAUGGAAAUACACUGAUGGACAUCUUCACUCAAACAUUAUUUGAACCGCAUUUUUACUAUAUUUAUUGUCUUCCAAAACGAAAGAUAUGGCAGAUUUGUAUGUUGCAACCACAAUCAAACACCUUUGACUUUUAAUGCAUUUUUAUAUAUUUU